AGUCCCAGCCCUGCCACUGACUGGCUUUGUGAGCUCAGGCAAGUCACUCAGCCUCCCUAGGCCUCAGUGACUUCCCUGAAAGUGAGAAUUCUGUACACGGUGUUGUGAUGGUGUUAAGGGUGUGGACCUGGCUCUGGCCCUGACGCAGGAACAUGGAGCUGAUGCAGGACAGCCUCCGCCAGCGACUGGAGUAUGUGAAGGGGGUCCCCCUCAUCAAGAGCUUUGCGGAGGCACUGGGGCCCCUGGAGAGCUUCCGGGCCCGGCCCGAUGACCUGCUCAUCAGCACCUACCCCAAGUCCGGCACCACCUGGGUGAGCCAGGUACUGGACAUGAUCUACCAGAAUGGCGACCUGGAGAAGUGUCACCGGGCUCCCAUCUUCAUGCGGGUGCCCUUCCUUGAGUUCAAAGCCCCAGGGUUUCCCUCAGGGCUGGAGACUCUGAAAGACACACCGGCCCCACGGCUCAUCAAGACGCACCUGCCCCUGGCCCUGCUCCCCCAGACUCUGUUGGAUCAGAAGGUCAAGGUGGUCUAUGUUGCCCGCAACGCAAAGGACGUGGCCGUCUCUUACUACCACUUCCACCAGAUGGCCAAGGUGCACCCUGACCCUGGGACCUGGGACAGCUUCCUGGAGAAGUUCAUGGCCGGAGAAGG